AUGACGACUGUAAUUGUGCAGAUGCCUAUGAAGAGUGGCUGGAAUUCAGGAAUAUGUGUCUGUUGCCAGGACUUGAAUUCUUGCUGCUAUGCGUACCGCUGCUUUCCUUGCUUUACCUGCACCACCACUGGAGAGUUUGGGGAGAGCACCUGUCUGCCUCUGCUGGACAUAUUCGGCCCAGGCAUCAUGGCAGCUUUCGGGGUUCCAGUAUUUGUGCCAUCUGUGUCUCUGGGAAUGAGGGUGGCAGUUCGCCAUAAAUACGAUAUUGGGGGCAGUAUCUGUGAGGACAUCAUGGUGUCUUGCUGUUGCAUGUGGUGUUCUUGGUGUCAGAUGAGUAGAGAAACCAAAGCACGCAAACAAACGGUCACUGUACUGACAACACAUCCCAUGAUUCAACCCAUUCCAAUGGCAACCACCACACAAGUUAUCGCUACACAGCAGGCGUUUGGAGGGAUCAAUGUGGCACCGGUAGCAUUCGCUCCUGCAGUCCAGAUGGCACCAAUUUCGUCUGUCACAACAGUUGUUAAAUAGAUGGACUGCUACUUGCAUCAAUA